UGCUGCUGACACUUUUUAUCAACAGCACAGUAGUAAUCCUGUAGUAGUCCCCCUGGUCACAACAUGGAUUCUCUAGACGCACAACUGGCCUCCUGCUGGACUUUUGUACCACCUGGUAUAGCCAGCCGGUCCCCAAGUCGAGGUACCAAGAGAAAACGCCUACUUAAAUCGUACAGCUUUGAUGUGGACAAUGGUGCGUCGGCGGGUCGAAGCCCAUUGGACCCCAUGGCCAGCCCGAGCUCAGGCCUCAUCCUGCAGGCCAACUUCAUCCACAGCCAGCGGAGGGAGUCCUUCCUUUACCGCUCAGACAGCGACUAUGACCUGUCGCCCAAGUCCAUGUCCCGCAACUCGUCGAUAGCCAGCGACAUGUAA